AUGUUGGCCGAGGACUCUGCAGUCGAGCUCGAAAAGCGGCUCCUACAUCUAGAACUAAUAUCAUCUCCAACCCACCCACCAUCCACAUCCACUUCACUAGCAGAACUACUCCAAACUGCCCUGUCACGAUUCAACGAAAUCCGAAACCAAAAUUCAACCAUCGACGACUUUCUACGGAAAUAUGUUGAUCUACAAGAUACAUUAGGCCAAGACACAAACGAGCUAGAACGCACCGCACUGGACGUUGCAUCAAUCAAGGAAAUAGUUCUGGCUUCUGAGGAUGGACUGGAUCGUCUUGCCGAGCAAAUGGUGGACUUGGAGGCUCUUAAGGAGGAGGUCGACUCGACUGUGUUGAAGGACCUAAGUCGCUUGAUACCAACCAUGAGUCCUUUGGAAUCCAAGCACAUUGAACAACGCAAAGUCGUGUGGGGUGUCCGGGAGCGAUAUCUUCGUGAACUGGAUUCUUACAAUUCUUUUAUUGACUCUACUUCGAGGUUAUUUAUACACUAUCACCAGCUUCUUGCUGAGAUGGAGGAAAUGGUGUCGGCUGCUGAGCGUGCGCAACGAGCUGCUUAA